AAAUGUUUGAUAUAGAAGAAACCAUGGCAACCAAGCAGACAAAUGGCUGUCAUUAGAAAAAGAAAUGGCGUUUCAUUUCUUGUAAGUGUUUUUCGUUUUUCUUCGUGACAGUCGGUUGUAAAAAGUUGUAAAAAAUGCCGAAUUAUUGUUGUGUCCCGAUGUGCACUUCUGGUUAUGUAAGAAAGGGAACUGUCCCAGAAAAAGUUGCGUUGUUCUCGACAAAAGACAAAAAAAUGCAAAAACUUUGGAUGAAAUAUAUCCCUAGAAAAAAUUACAUAUUCACUGACAAGUCGAGGGUUUGCUCCCAUCAUUUUGCAGAUUGUGACAUAGACAAAGGGUAUUUCUUGACUGUUGCAGGACAACAAGUUUUCCAGGAACGGAAAAGAUGGAUACUGAAACCGGGUGCAAUUCCUAAGAUAUUUCCUAAUUGCCCAUCUCACAUGACAAAAGUCACAUGCAGCCAACAUGAAGCACAUGAAGCUCAACAUAUGCCAUUACAAGAAACUGAGAAGGCCCUUUAUUGGGAAACGGGAAUUAUCAACAUGAAAAUGUUCGACUUGUUCAUAAUUGUUGAAGAAGCUUAUCGGGCAGAGGUUGACUUAGGGAAAUUGAACAUCCUGGACUGGUUUGAAAGAUCGAUGGAAACUCUGGGUGUGAUGGUGAAGGAAAGUAAAUUCAAUCCCACCAUUUGCUGCAACACACACCGGAAGGAACUUGUCGGAAAAUUAGUUUUGGAGUAUUUAAUCAUCAGAAAUUACCUGGAAACUAAAAAGUGGGUUAAAGAAUUCAGUCAACAAUCAAAGUCAAAAUCACUGCGUAAACAAGCUAAAGUGAUCUCUUAGUCUCUUUUUCUUUGUUUCAUUUUACCGUACUGCCGUUCUUAGUUUCUUACUGACUAAUGUACAGUUGAAGAAACAAUUCAAGCAAUAAAACGCGUUCAAAAUGUGUUA